AUGCGAGCCAUGUUCACCGUGUCGCCCGCGGCCACUGCCACCACCCCCCCGGAUUCCGGGCCCAACCCAUCUGCCUCGCAGGUCUUCCGGUCUCCCCCUCCUCCUCCUCCACCCGCCCUGUCAGUCUCCGCGCCCGGCCAAUCUGCUGCGCGACGAAUCAAGUCCAAGUCGUCGCUUCGAAGCAUCCGCAGCCUCGGGAGCUCCAGCCAUCACGACGACCCCGACGACCCCGACGACUUUCUCGGACCACCACUGCCGCCUACCGCUGCCACCUCCACCACCGACAACCCGAUCAUCCACUCCUCCAUCCUCCGUCGUUUAUCCCCAGGCCUAGCAGCUCGCGUCAAGCUCCUCGACGGCAGCAGCAAAACCAACAGCCCGUCUCGCAACAGCCCAGGGACCGUGGGUCGCAUCCCGGAGGAGCAGAUCAAAGGGCUCGACAGUUUGCACCGGGAUUUGUCCAUCAAGGUCGAGAGACGAGGUCGCGCCUGGAAUGCUCUCCCACGCCUUCAUAGAGAUAAGAAACAGCAGCCGAGUGACUCGGGCCACCUAGAGGUGCCCGACCCAGAGUCUACAGAGUCGAUAGAGGAGACUAUAGAAGAGUCUACGGAGCCGAUACAGGAGACUACCGAGGAACCGACAGAAGAUUUGACAAAGUCGAUACAAGAGUUGCCAGAGGAGUCGGCACAGGAGUCGGCACAGGAGUUGGCGCAGGAGCCUACCCAGAAUACAGAGGAUACAGAGGAGUUUACCGAGACUGCAGAGUCCGCGCCGACGGAAAUAGAACAAGACGCCCCUGCCAUGUCUCUUGUUCAGCACGCCCCACCGCCGUUUAUUCCCCAACCCAUUGCACAGUCUCACAUAACAGACCAGAGCGAUUUCGAAAAGUACAUACAAAGCACUAGUGACAGCGAGUCACACCCGCCGCCCCCACCCCCGAAAGACUCACCGCCCCCGCUCUCGACCACAUCUUCCAACUCACAAAUCUACUUCAACCCAAUGGGGCUCCAACGCUCAGAGUCCAUCUAUUCCUUUUCACGCGCCUCCUUCAGCAACCAACUCUCCCAGCUCACCUCCAUCGCCCUUCCCCAGCCAUCGUCGCUCGAAGCUAGCAUCGCCUCCAUUGCCACCGCCCCCGCGGCUGUCCGGGCCCUGACGGGGGCCGCAGAGCAGAUUCAAAUAUGGAUUAAAAAGGCGUCGGACGUGCUGAGCGGGCUGGACGCGGAGGAUGACGUGGAAUGGGCGGCCGCGGGCGGACGAGAAGGGCUCGACGGAGUCGACAAGGCGAUCACCCGGUUCGAGAGUCUGGUCAACGUGUACGUCAAGGCGAUCGAGGAUGUGCAGCUGCGCGAUGAUAUCGGCGAGGUGAGCACCGACAGCCUGCAGGUCAUCGUCGUUCAGAUGGACGCGAUCAUCCAGUGCUGGUCACAGAUCAAGAGCCGCCUCAAAGGAGUCAAGGGACAGGUCGAACUGGCGAUGGAGUGGGAGGAGCUGUGGAGCAACGUUCUGGGCGAUGUUGGGGCCGAAGUCGAGAGUCUCAGUCGGCUGAUCUUCGAAAUGGAAGAGAAGCGACACUGGACCCUGGCGGGCGAGCAGGACUCCAGCGCCUCGGGGCUCGAUAUCAGCGAACUGGAGACGAUCGUGGAAGAGACACCGUCCAACGGGCGAAUGCUGUCGACGAAACGGCUCAGCAUCGAUCCCAUGUACGCCUCCCCGCCCACCCUGGACACACCCAUUAUCCAAACCCCGCAGGACGACUCGAACCACGCGAGCCUCAUCGCGCUGUUCGCGCGGAUACAGCCACUGCGCGCGUCCCUUGAUUUCCUACCAAUGCGGCUGUCCAUGUUCCAGUCAUGCGCCGAGCGAAUCUUCCCCAGCGCUUGCGAGGAGCUGGACCAGCGUGUCAACCAGCUGGAGCGUGAUUACAAGGUGCUUGAAGGGGAUGCGGAGGCGUUACGGAAGGAGCUCAGCGAAGAUCGUUGGAUCCUGGUGUUUCGCAAUGCCGGCAGCCAGGCACAGAAGAUGUUCGAAUCGGUGGAGCGGAGCAUCGCCAAGCUGCAAGAGGCGAUCGAAACGGGCGCCCACCUGCACGAUCCGCCGCUGUUCACGAAGAGGGUUGAGAGCUACGAGGCCAAGAAGCAGCACUACGUCGCGGCAAUUGAACGGGUGGUGUCUAUUAUCCACAAAGGCGUCAAUGACCGACUUACCUUGAACGGGGAGACCUUGCGACUGCUGUCCGACAUGACAUCGAGGAUCGACGCGUUGAAAGCGAGCAUCCGGGUGAUGGACACGUCGCUGGAGGACCUUGACUUCGUGCGAUCGCACCAUCUGCGCGACUCCAUAUCCAGCAUCGUGACGAUGGACAGCCCGUUGACCGGCAGCAUCGUUGAUACUCCGGGCAGUUCUCCAGCCUCGUCGGUCGUUAUGACACCUGCCAACCCCCGCAAGGGCGCAGCCACGCCGCUGGGGACAUCCAGCCGACGGGGCAGCUCUGUGAGCUCGGCGGCGCGCACGACGAUGUCCAAGGUGCGCCGGUUUUCGGGCAUUCCGCAGGCAGCAUCGGCGAUGACGGGGAAGAAGUCAGCGAUCCCCAAGGCGUCGUUGACGGCGCCGUCGCCGGCCAGAAUGAACGGCGCGGCGACCCCGACGCCAGCGGGGCGGAAGCCCACUCGCGUGCCUGUGCCGUCGCCGUUGGACAACCGCCCUCGCUGGACGUCCAGCACCAACACCAGCGACCUGUACAAGCCAAUCCCCUCGCCCUUCCGCAAAUCGUCCGCCGAGGGCCGCACGCCGCGCCCGUCCUCCACCCUCCCGUUCCGCCGCGACAUGUCGGUGUCGCCUGGCCCGAUGACGGCCCGGUCCAUGAGCCGGGUGUCCAGCCGCCUUGCGUCGCGCAGUCCGGCGCGCAACGGAUCCCCCACUCCCCGCUCUCUCCUCGACCCCCCUCCUUACAGCAAGAUGCGUCGCCCGGACGGCAUGUCGAACGCGCCCCGCAGCCGCCAGAGCUUCGCGGGCAUGUCGUUCAGUCGCAGCGUGUCGCACGACUACGAGCGCACGGGCAGCCCGACCAAGGCCCCGCGGCCCGGCACGGCGCUGGGCCACGGCAGCAGCAACCGACGCAUCAGCCUGAUCCCGCUGCCCAAGACCAAAGACAAGCUCGCGGAGCGGCCGCGGUGGCGGGGCUCGUGAUUUCCGCAUUUCCGGGCAUUUAAUUUAGCAUUUCCUGUUCACAUAGCAUUAUCUUCCCUUGUAUCAUGCAUUGCGGUCGGGAGCCAGUGGUGUCAUAUACCAGAUUGCUUGAUGCCGGUUGUUAGAUUGAUUCCCCACUCGCAUUUGAUUUAGCGGUGUACUUUAUUUGCUGAUUUGUUUGCUUCGGAG